CAAGGAGGUAGCACAGCAAUAUCAGAUUCUUGUCCUUUGAAUUCCACAAACCAUUAGAGCAGUCUAGUUCUUCUUCCUCCUCGGGAGUGGAAAAUAAAGCCUAGAGAGAGAAAACUGUCACUCACUCAUUUUCCUUGAUGGUUUCAUCUUCUGAACCACCAUCUGGAACUCCCGUUCCUCUUCACCGUUCCGCUACUCGCUUUAUGCACAAAAAUAAUUUGCAAGGGUUUGCUCAAAGGUCAAACAUUGCAUUUCCAAUAUAUCAAACUAUCAAUGAGGGACAACAACAUGCUCCAAAGUUUAGGUCAACGGUGUGGGUGGAUGGGACGAGUUUCACUUCCCAAACUACUUUUUUCCAUAGAAAAGCUGCUGAACAGGAAGCUGCUAGACUUGCUUUGGAGUGCCUUACCGAAAGAAAUAGAGAAGAAGGAACCUCUCGCGUCUGUGAGAUUUCUACAUUUUGCAAGGCUCUCUUGAACGAAUAUGCUUCUAAACUGAAUCUAGAAAGACCUACAUACAACACUGUUCAGCUAGAAGGGGUGAUUCCUGUUUUUAAAUCUUCUCUAGUUUUCAAUGGUAUGAGUUACACUGGUGAGGCAGCUAAAAGCAAAAAGGAGGCUGAGCAGUUAGCUGCUCGUGCUGUUAUUCUUUCAAUUCUGGGUAAUUCUGGUUCAGGAACAAAGCUCAUUGAGAUGAUUAAGUCAAAAUCUAAACUUUAUGACAUGUUCAAAGGAAAGGGUUUGCAAGAUAUUCAUGCUAGUGCUGUGUCAUCCGCAGCAACUAUAAGAAAUACCCCUGUUGAACUGGGUAAUAAAGAUAUGGGUGUUGCAGGUUCUGUGGCCAAUUAUGAUAAUGAAACUAAAGUUGAAUUUCCUGAGUCUUCUAGGACGCUUUCCACGUGUCACGAGUUUCAGAUGCCAAAACAAGGAUCAGCUCCUGGAACCUCCAACUCUGCAGAUGUGUUCCUGCAAUCAGGUUCAGCACAUUCUACUGAUGACAAUUCAAGUCUGAAAAAUCGGAAAAAGAACAAGAAGGCUAAUAAGAAGCCACGGUUGGAAUCGAGGUUACUAGUUGCUGCAUUUCCCUUGAACCAAGACCCUUCUUGUUCAGUGGCGCAGUAAAAAUGUGGAAAUGAUGGAAUUCUGGUAUAUGUCGUAAAAUCAACGAAUCCUUGUUUGUGGAUAAAAGGUCGAAGUUCAAAAGAAAAAGAAAUGAUGGAAUUCUUGUAUAUUUCGUAAAAUCUUUUGAUUAGAAGACCCUUCUUGUUCAGUGGCUUUUGUUUUUCAUUUAUUAAGCCUAUGCCUUGUAUAUUUUGGGUUGGGUUUCAAGCUUCUGUUGAAAAUGCACUGAUUUACUCCCCAGGAGCCCAGCUGGCACCGCAUUCUGACCAUGUCUUCUACUUCUAUCUGUUAUGUGGGUUUACCCAUCACCGACACUACUUUUGUUUGUGUCAAUGGUGACAGGUGGCGAGCAGGUGACGGUGACUCAUUUUGGUUUUUGGUUUCUGCUAACAUGAUUAUUUACAAGUAGUUCCUAAAUUCCUAAUAAUGUCACGGGUACUGCAUUGUAUGGUUGAGGAGGAGAGGAGAUAUAAAUAAAUUUAUUAUUAUAUAUUUCUCAUUUUCAAAUACUUCUAUUUUUGAAGGAGAGAUAAAGUUAAGGGAGGAGUUAUUUUUGUUCAUUUCCCUUCUAAAAUAUUGAACUAAAUUAGAAGUUAUAAAAAUCUCUUCUUUCUCAAUUUUUUUUAACUAAACACUGUACAUCCAUGUUAUGAUAUUGCUCAUGGUUCAGGAAGACUGGAAUUAAAAGAAUUGAGACUGAAAAUUAUAAGAAUUGGACGAGAGUUGAAUAAAUAAAACUCAUACAGGCAUAAUGAAUAAUAUUUCUUAGUGUUUGAUUGCUUUUUCAUCUUUACUAAUGAAGUUUGAAAGUGCAAUUAGUUUGAAAGACUGAAAGUUUAUUAUGCUAUUUUUUUUUCGUCUCCUUGGCUUACUGAUAAGCCAUGGCCAUAAGUCAAAAUGUAGGGUUUCGUGAAAUAAAAAUAUCAUGUACGUU